CCUGGCCACCGAGGACUGUACGGCCGCGGGGGAUCGGUUUGGCGGCGACACUGAAUUGCUCGGAGGCCGCCGCAAUGCUCCCGUCUUUGCAGGAAUCGCUGGAUGGGGAUGAAAAGGAGCUAGAGAGCAGCGAGGAGGGCGGCUCUGCAGAGGAGCGGAAACUCGAGCCGCCGCCCAGCAGCCACUACUGUCUCUACAGCUACCGCGGAAGCAGAUUGGCACAGCAACGUGGGGACAGUGAUGAUGGAAGCCCAAGUGGCACAAAUUUGGAAACUCCCUCUGGUGAUGAUUUCAGCCUCUCCUUGGUGGAUACUAAUUUACCAUCUGAAGUGGAGCCAGAGCUGCGGAGUUUCAUUGCUAAGCGUCUUUCGAAAGGAGCCAUCUUUGAAGGGCUGGGUAAUGUUGCAUCUGUAGAGCUGAGAAUUCCAGGUUAUCGAGUUGGUUGUUAUUAUUGUCUUUUCCAACAAGGAAAACUGCUUCCUGAAACAGCAACAGUGGUCUCUGAAUAUAACCCUACAGAGUAUGUGGUCUGUUUUUUAGGAGGUUCUGAAAAAGGCCUUGAGCUUUUCAGGCUUGAACUGGACAAGUACAUUCAAGGGCUAAAAAAUAACAUGAACUGUGAGGAAGGGGGCCUGGAAAACCAUACCAAGGCUUAUCUGAACAGCUGGUUUGAGGAUGUUGUUUGCCCAAUCCAAAGGGUUGUUCUUCUUUUUCAGGAGAAACUUACUUUUCUGCUACAUGCGGCUUUGAGUUAUACUCCUGUUGAGGUUAAAGAAUCAGAUGAAAAAACAAAGAGAGACAUUAACAGGUUUCUGAGUGUGGCCAGUCUUCAGGGACUAAUUCAUGAAGGCACCAUGACAUCUUUGUGCAUGGCCAUGACAGAAGAGCAGCAUAAGUCUGUAGUCAUCGAUUGCAGUGGCUCCCAGCCUCAGUUCUCCAAUGCAGGAAGCAACCGGUUUUGCGAGGAUUGGAUGCAGGCUUUCUUAAAUGGUGCUGAAGGGGGUAACCCUUUUCUUUUCCGACAAGUACUGGAGAACUUUAAAUUAAAGAACUGUGGUAGUGGAGAUAUCCUUUUGAAGAUUGUUAAAGUGGAACACGAAGAAAUGCCUGAAGCCAAAAAUGUGGUAGCUGUCCUUGAAGAAUUCAUGAAAGAAGCUCUUGCCCAAGGUUUUUGAUCAUGUUUGAGACAACUACUUCGUGAAGUUGUAUAUUCAAGCCUUGGCAUUUGAAAUUGCAGUUGUUAAUAAUUGUUCAUAGGAUUACUGUUUAGGAUUAUUUGAAUUAUACCAGAUUGUUUUUUCUUUUUGUAUUUAAAAAUUUUAACUUAAUUAAACAUAAAAAUCUGAGGAAUAUCUUCAUUGAGUCCUACAUCGAUAUGUGUGUUAGAAUUGUGGAAUUUUGGCCUAUUGUUGCUCCCAUAAAUUCUAAACUUCAAAAGUGUGUUGCCUAAGUGGACAUGGUGAUGAUGCACACCUGUAAUCCCAGUGGCUGGGGAGUCUAAGGUAGAAGGAUCACUAAGUUCAA